AUGCCACGAGGGGUCGCGGUGGCGUCCAUCGCCAGGCUCCCUAGCUCAACCGACGACCCUUCGGGAUCGACGGCCGAUCGUCAUGAGCCUGUCGAGGACUGGGGCUCCACUCGAGGCGCCGAUGGCGCCGGCAAGUAUGAAUGGGCGGUGAUCUCUGGCGGCCAGCCCUCGGAUGCCUACGAGGACGGCUGCACGACGGGGAGCGGAUACUUCAACUCCGGCUUGUGGAUCUUUUCUCGCGAGCCUGCGGCCGCCGAGCUGGGGUUUACGCUCUCGCAGCUGAAGGACGUGCAGCAGGCCGGUUGCACCUACACCGGGGCUAUCAUCAAGUGA